CCGAACGCGGAUGCUGUGGAGGUCACAGUCGAAACAGGUUCUCAUCUUUUCAUGCCUUUAAGUUAUAAAAUUCCACAAUUUUCUAAUCACCGGAUUUAAAUUUAGUUUCACUGCAACAUUCUUUAAAGAUUGUUUGUUUUACAAUGCAACUAUUGCUAUUGAAUUCUUGUAGUGCAGCCCAAUGUUUAAUUAAACUGCUUUGAAAUGGAUCCUACAACUUCUAAAACAAGUGAAAGGAACGAUGAAGGUUCAACGUCAAAUUCAUCGGUAGAAACUAAUUCCCAGAAAAGUGGGAAGGUUGAAAAGCUUCCCACACCAAAACAAGUCACCAUGGAUACGACUUCAACGCUAGAAUUAGAGGAACACAAAAAUGGAGCUUUUAAAAGCUCUUCAACGCCAAAAAAAGCCUUUAAAGAGAUGACAAUGAAAGAAAGGAUGAACUACGUAAGAGAAAUAAUAACAGUUGAACCUCUUGUAGUAUGUUAUGCAAUGGCAACAGUCCUUUGUACUCCUGCCCUCCUUGUAUUAGAAUUCGAAAAAGCGUGCAGGGUAAAUGAGGGUUAUGACGACAAAAUUUGCGAUGACAUCGUUUACAAAGAGGAUACAAUUUAUAUUAACGAAUCAAUAAAAAUUCAAAUAAGAAUCGCUAACAUGCAUUCGUGGCAACAACCGUUGCAAUAUGUGAUGCCGGUUAUAUUAGUGCUCUUCUUGGGUUCCUACAGUGAUCGUCAUAAGAUAAGGAAACCAUUUUUGCUGUUACCCGUAAUUGGGGAGUUUCUUGCCGUUCUGGGAUGUAUGUUGUGCGUGAUAUUUAUGCAUACGUGGCCUCUAGAAGCUCAGGGGAUUUCCCAAACAGUUAUCCCUUCAUUUUUCGGAGGACCUUCGAUGCUUAUAAUGUCUGCUUUCGCUUAUAUAGCAGACGUGAGUACAGUGGAGAUGAGAACUUUACGUGUUGGAAUUGUUCAGUUUCUUUUAUCACUAUCUUCACCUAUUGUACAAUCUUUCAGUGGAAAACUGUUUACGGUGAUCGGUUACCUUUGGAUAUUAUUAAUCGCUGCCGUUUUGUUUGCAAUCGGAUUACUGUAUGGGAUAUUUUUUAUAAAAGAACCCAAACAACCGGUUGGUGUAGUAGAAAAGAAAGCCCUAAUUAGGGAUGUAUUUGACCCUAAGCAUGCCAUAGAAACGUUCAAUGUUUUAGUGAAGAAAAAAAAGGGUAACAAAAGACUGCUAAUAGUUUUGCUCAUGAUUAAUUUGUUCAUUUGGGCAGGCGUUAGUCAAGGUGAACUUAGUGUAUUCUACUUGUUUACGGUAACAGUUUAUAAAUGGGGCCCUGUGGAAUAUUCAUUAUUUGGUACUAUUAACACAGUAGUACAUUUAAUUGGAACUGCCAUUUCAAUUCCGUUAUUAUCCACUUAUUUGAAAUUAAGCGAUCUAUUGAUUGCUGUUAUAUCUUUCUUGGAUAAAGUCCUUUGUAAUAUUAUAUUUGCUUUAUACUUAAAACCAACAGGACUGUAUAUAGGGACCGUUGUUAGUAUUGUAACUGCAAUUUCAAGUAUAGCUAUACGAUCUCAAGCUACAAAAAUAGUGAAUGCCGACGAUUUGGGCAAAGCUCAAUCUCUUUUUGCUGUAACAGAAGCAAUUGCCCCAGCUGUAUUCACACCCAUUUACAAUACAGGAGUUUAUAACAACACAAUCGAGGUAUUUCCCAGUGCUUUCUUUUUGGUUGGAGCCGCGUUACAUUUUAUUGGGUCUGGAAUAUUAGCGUUCAUGUACAAACUAGCACAAAAGAAAAAUGAAAUGUCCCAAAAUGGAGAAACAAACUUGGGUUACAUCCAUGAAAAUAACGAUUCCAAUAUUAUAGAAACGACAUACAUUUAGCAUUUUUCAUUCAUUUAUAAUUUUAUAAUUAAUUGUUGCGUUUAAAGAGAAAAAGUGCAAACAGGUGAUUGGUUAAGAAACUAUAAACGUAUGCAGUAUCUGCAGACAUAUUAUAAUUCUUUUUAGAUGUUUUCCAAUAUUUACUACUAACGAAACAGCGUAGUUUAAUGAAAAAAAUAAUAAUUAGAAUGUUUUACGUAUUUAUAACCUACAGUUUAACGCAACGAAGUACACCCCUCAAUGCAUCGAGGGUGACUAGCUUAAGAAUGGAAGUGUAACUACUAUUACCUUACUCGAUGCAUUUCAUUGGUUGUUGCGUCGGCGGCCAUCACUUUUUCGAUUUAAAUUAGGUCAAGGUCACUGCA